UAUAUUUAGAAAUCUGAUAUUUAAGUGUAUCAUGAAUGUGAAAAGGUCAUUAAAGUAUCUGUAUUCUAACUUGCCCAUAAUUUAAAAUAGUUCAAUCUGAAAAUUUAUUUACAAAAAUGAAUAUUACUUUUAAUUUAUGCACAUUAUUUGCUGCUGUUGUAUAUGUAAUAUGUGCUGUGGACAAUGAAAGUAAUUCCCAAGAACUUAUGGUCGAAAAUUGGGCUGAACAGUUUGGAAAAGAGCUAUGGUAUUUGGGUCAAAACAUAACCAAAGCAAAUGAAAUAAAAUUGCGUUAUAAAAAAUUAAAUGAAACACAUGUAUUCAGAACAAAUGCCACGCAGCUUUUAAAUAAUAUAUCGACAGCAAUGAAUCGUAUGAUAAGAUUAAAAAUGACUGCUGUAUCGUGCCUAAUGGAUGCUGCAGAGCGUUUGUCUGAAGAAUUUGAAUGGAAAUCAUCGGGAGUUGAAAACUAUACGUAUUAUAAUGCAAAGUAUUCGCCAGUUGAAGGCAUUAAUGAUGAAAAUGAUACUGCACGAACUCCACCGACUGUCACAUUAGGAAAAAAUUCUUACAAUUUAGUUUAUAAAACUAUGAAAUUAUCGAAAAAUGGUCAUUUCUAUGGUUUGAAUGUAAAUACAAGCUACAGUACAGUAUAUUUGCCCACAAUAUUAUUUGAACGAUUACUUCAUGUGCAAGCACCAUUGCAAUGGUCAGAAAAAUUAGAUGAAGUUUUUGAAAAAAAUUAUCGUAGUGAUCCAUCACUUUCGUGGCAAUAUUUUGGCAGCACGGCUGGAUUUAUGCGUCAUUAUCCAGCUAUAAGGUGGUCAUCUAAACCAAGUGUAUUCGAUACUCGUCUUCGGCCUUGGUACAUUCAAGCAGCAACAUGUUCUAAAGAUGCUGUAAUCCUCUUAGAUAUUUCAGGUUCAAUGUCUGGAAUGCAUCAAACUAUAGCUCAACUAGUAAUCAAAACUCUUCUGAGGACAUUCAAUAAUGAUGAUUCUAUUAAUAUAAUUUUCUUCAACACAGUUUUCACUUACUUGGUGCCUUGUUUUGAAAAUAUUUUAGUACAGGCUACUCCUGAAAAUAUCAAAACAUUUCACAAUGCUGUAAAUAUGGAUUCGAGACUGUCACCAACUCUUACAGCAAAUUAUAGUAAGGCAUUUACUGAAGCUUUUGAAUUAUUGUCUCGAAACAGGGCUAAUAAGUGCAACUCGUGUGACACAGCUUUUAAUGAAACAUGUAAUCAAAUGAUAAUGUUGAUCACAGAUGAUGAUCCUGACAAUGUCUUAUUCGAAGUUAUUCAGAAACAUAAUCGUAUCGUAACUGACAAUAGUACUAAUAUACCAGUUCGAGUAUUUACAUAUAUGAUGGGUCGUGAUAUGACUAAUACUCCUGAACUGAGACGAUUAGCUUGUGAAAAUAGAGGUAGUUUUGCACAUGUACAUUCAAAGGAUGAAGUGCUUGAAAGUGUAUUAAAAUAUAUAGCUGUACUAGCAAGACCUUUAGUACUUCAAGCAGAAAAACAUCCAGUUACUUGGUCCCAUACAUUUAUGGAUAUAUCUGAUCCAUAUGUAACAACCGCUUUGCAAAAAACAAUGGAAUUUAAUAAACAGAAAAAUGAUUUAGCCGCUCACUUGAAUGAACAAAAACAACUCCCUAAUCAACAUAAAAUGGAUUCAAAAUACAUUAUAUUGAAUCCCGAGGCUAUCAAUGAAGAAGGAGUGUAUCAAGAAUACAGGCCAAUGACUGCAAUUUCUAUACCUAUUUUUAACAAAAAAAGAGAUGAAUUUAACAAGACAAGAUUUAAAGGUGAUUUACUUGGUGUUGCUGGAACUGAUGUACCAAUUGCUGAAUUUGAAAAACUGGCGCUUCCUUAUAAAAUUGGUGUUAACGGUUAUGCAUUUGUUGUCACAAAUAAUGGUUAUGUUCUUUUUCAUCCAAAGUUAAGACCCGUUGAAGAAGGUAUUCUUAAAGAAAAUUACAACAGUGUAGACCUUACUGAACUAGAAUUGUUGGAUGAUAAUAAAGAGGAACCAAGACAGCCACACAGUGACAUAGUUUUGCUCAGAACAGAAAUUGUUAAUCACAAACACGGUUCAAUGGAAAACUUAAGCAUAAAAUUUCAUUACGAUAACAUGAGAAGAGUUGGUUCUGAAGUUCGUAAUUACCAUUACACAGCUUUGGAUCCAAAAAUUGAGGGACCAUUUACACUUGGAUUGGUGCUACCAGCUUCUUAUGGAAACAACUGGAUUAAAGCAGGCGAUGAAAUAAAUAAGUCCAUAGAAAGUGAUGAAUUAUUUGACAAGUAUUUCCAAGAAAAGUGGAAAAUUCAUCCAAGUUGGGUAUAUUGUGAUUACUUUCACUCCCAUAAAUGGAAUUUUAAAAAUCCAGAAGAAAAACUAUUACAUUUCAUGGAAAAAAUAUUUUCACCUGAUUGGGAAUGGAGAGAACAGUACCCAGCUUCUGAUUUUGAAAACAUCUCAAUGGAUAUAUUUGACAGAAGUGAAUGUGACCGGAAAGCUAUAAAUAUUAAUGAGUCAUACUGUGAUAAAGAAUUAAUGCAAUUACUAUUUUUUGAUGCAAAAAUUACACAUGCAUUGUACAACUCUACAUGGGUGCCUACAUCAACAUAUGAAAAAGAUUAUGCUUUGCAAUAUAAAGUUAGUGUAAGAUUUUUAGCAACCCAAGGGGGUUUAAGUAGAUGGCAACAUAUAACUGACUUAGAGGAAAGUGAAUUAGAAUUUGGUGAUAUACAUAACCGAUCAGUUGAAGAAGUUUGGUACAAACGUCCAGUUCUGUACCGUAAUUUAAAUCCGCAAGCAUUUGUUUUUUCUGUGCCUUUUGAUUCUGGUAAUAAUGAAAAAUUAAAAAUUACAGCUAGCCAUGCUAUAUUUGUUGAAGACGAAAAUAAUGAAGCACCGGGUUCAGUAGUUGGUUAUGAAAUGUUACAUAAGGCAUUUUAUGAUAGAUUUAUUGGUAUAACAAAUACUACUCCGAAAAAUUGUACGUCCUGUUUACCUUGCACAUCUGAGCACCUAGAUUGCUAUAUUAUUGAUGAAAAUGGAUAUGUUGUUCUGUCAGAAAUUCCAUCAGAUACGGGGAAAUUUUUUGCACAGACAGAAUUAAAAAGUACUGGUGUUAUAAUGGAGACGAUGAUAACAAAAAAAAUUUUUAGACGUAUCCCUAUGUUUGAUUAUCAAGGAUUAUGUAGAGAAAAGGAACAAAGCAAUAAUGCGUCAGCUAUUUUAUUAUCACCAUUUUAUUUCAUGUUGGCAAGUAUCAAAUGGAUUUUAUUGAAUAUUAUGUGGCUAUUGAUAGAAGGCAAUUUUGUGCAUGUAUGGUCACUGAAUGAAGCCAACAUAGAUGAAUCUAUAAGAGUUAUAACAGAAAAAUAUAAGAACAGUGCUUGCGAUAAAAAAGCUGACUUAUUUAUGUUACAACAUGAACAUUUAAGUGCUGAAGGGUUUGAUGCACCACCACCUGCUGGUUCUACUAUAAGUGCUACACAGGCCGCCAUUAUGGCCUUUUGCACACUUCUACGAAAUUUCUCCAUCCAUUCCGGUCCAUUACAUCAUCUAAUCGCUUUGACUCGUCGGAAUUUGAUAUAUCCUAAAAAGCAUAAUUUUGUUUUUUUAUGACCUUAGUUUGGUUUGAAUACUCUUGAUCUACAAAAGACAAGAAUUGCCAUCCUGGGGAAGUGGAUACGGUGUGGUGGUUUCCCAUUGCUUUCUGCACCAGUCGGGUGGCCAUUUUUCUCUCCAAACAGUUGCCCAUCCUCCCAAACAAACAUAUAAUAAAUUAAAAUAAAAAUGUUUCAAAUUAAUACAAAUGUUAUUUUAUUAUUUUUUCAGCCCUUUUUUUGUGAAAAGAAUAGCACAUUCAAACUUGCUCCUUGUUGUAGUAGAGAACGCAGAAAGUAGUCAGAGCCACUUGAGUGUUACCCCAAACAAAGUUGAUUACAAUAUAACG